UGCUUCCGAUAUAAAUACUGUAUAUUGAUUGGUUUAAUAUUUCAGCCUUGCAAAAAAAGUGCAAUUGACAAUUACAUACCCGUAUUGUACACGUGUAGCUACAGCAAUCCUAUAUUACUGGUUCCAAAUCACGAUUUUCACUGAAGAUGAAAUAAUUAUCACAUUCACAAGAAACAUAUCGCUGCGCAUGCUCUAUACAAAAUAUAUGAUCUGAAAAGAUCAUGUUAAAUUCCAGUAAAUCUGUUUAUGAGAAGUGAAGAAGCCGCUUCAUUGAUAGAGAGCCUCUUAUCUGAAAUGAUACGAACGAGGAAGUCUCUUUCACACGGCAAUGGAGAACUCGCAAGCAGCACUUCUGACGCUGGGGUUCCUGCUGUUUCUAAAAGGAUCUUCAGCUCUGGUAGUAACGCCUGUCACAGACCCUGUGAUCAGCAAGGUUGGAGACAAUGUACAGCUGGAGAUUAAACCCCCUGGACCUCUAAUUGAAGUGACAUGGACUUUCAGCCCUGCAGGGAUCACUGUGGUUUCAUGGGCUGGAUUAGUCCCAGUCACAGGCGCUGGAUAUGAGAACAGAGUCACCAUGUACACAACUACAGGAUCAGUGGAGCUCAGAUCUGUGAACCUCAGCGACGCUGGAGUGUAUGCAUUUCAGGGCACUAUCUUUGUAUCAGGAACUUUAGACACAUUCAAUGGAAAUGUUACCUUGAAAGUUGAUGGAUCUUCAGCUCUGGUAGUAACGCCUGUCACAGACCCUGUGAUCAGCAAGGUUGGAGACAAUGUACAGCUGGAGAUUAAACCCCCUGGAGUUCUAGGUGCAGUGGUAUGGACUUUCAGCGCUGCAGGGAUCCCCGUGGUGUCAUGGGCUGGAUUAGUCCCAGUCACAGGCGCUGGAUAUGAGAACAGAGUCACCCUGAACACAACUACAGGAUCAGUGGAGCUCAGAUCUGUGAACCUCAGCGACGCUGGAGUGUAUGCAUUUCAGGGCAAUAUCUUGGUAUCAGGAAUUUUAGACACAUUCAAUGGAAAUGUUACCUUGAGAGUUUAUGGUUUGGGGUCCUUGUCUUCAGGAGAGAUCGCUGGAAUUGUCAUCGGCACACUUGCAGGGGUCACUGGCGUUGCUCUCGGGGUGUAUUUCAGUGUAAAGCUAUGCAGGAACAAUCCACAUGAUCUCAGACCUGGUCCAGCUCAAAGCAGUCCAGGUGCUGUCACUUAUGAAAACUUCAAGGGGCCGAGUGCAUCAGCAACGUAUGAGAACACCACUGCUAUCCGGAGAGCAGGCGAAGCAAAAAACCCGGACAGCACAUACACAGGCUUACAGUUUCCUGAUCAGUCCACAUACAGCAGCUUGAACAGACCUUGAUUCAGGAAACAUCACAACAGCCGUACAGCCUGUGACCUCAAGAGUAUUUCUGAAAGUUUUUAUUUAAAUAUUUCUAGUACUUCUGCUUCCUGCACCUAAUGACUGUUUCUGUUGUUUUUUUAUAAACACACACACACACACACACACACACACACACACACACACUGACACACACACACACACACACAGACACACACACACACACACACUCUCACACACACACACACACACACACACACACACACUGACACACUGACACUGAUUUGCUGUUUAAAAGCUCUUAUUAAUAAGUAUUUAUUAAGAAAAAUAACUGUAAUGAAUUUUAAAAAUUCUGCUUCUGUAAAAGUUGUCUUAAAGUGCAAUAACAUUGUAACAAGCAAUGCUGUGUAUUAU